UAUAUGCAAUACACAGGUGGCCAAAAGCCCAUUAAAUGUAAUGCUUUAGAUGACAUAAACAAGCUAAACAUAAACACUGCAAGUGGAACCACAUUGACACACACCACCAACACAUCUGGAAGUAAGAUUCUUAGUGUGUUUCAGACAGUGGUGUUAAAGGUGAAUCAAUCUAUCAUUGAAUGCUGUGGAAUUUCCCUUUUCUUCAAACCCUGUUUUAGUAAAAACAGGAUUACCUGGGCCAUCUCGGAAGGGUUUCUACAUAUUAUCCACCAAAUGUGGGCAAGAUUUUAGGAACACAGUGUGAGUUUCACUUCACUAACAAAACAGCUCUGCCUGCUCACAUUUAAAGAAGGGUAUUAGACAAACACAAAAUGUUUACUACUGUGCGGUUUGUGGCCUGAGCAUGUGUUUUGGAAAACUUUAUGUUGUUAGCUAAAAUAGAACAGCUCAACCGAGUAGUUAAUAGCCCUACAUUAUAAAGUAACCAGUGAAAUAUCCUCUUAUUCGCAAUGAUGAUUCUGAUUAUUAGAUGGGUUUUUUUCCCGACUGGAAAACCUUUAAAGGAAGUGACAAGUUUCUAGUCUCCACAUAUUUCUUGUGAAAACAAUGACUCACACUUCCUGCUCAGUGAGGUUUCCUGUGAGGUAAUAAGCGCGUGUUUCCUCUCCCCAUUUCCCUAGCUGUCCUUGCAGGAGGUGCUGAGCGGGGCAUCAGAGCUUGCAGAGGUGGGGUUUCCUGUUGCCGAGGUAACAGCUCACCACUGGGCGAAAUGGGUGGCUGCUCUGAGAGAUGAUGGGAAGGAACUAGGCGGAGACCUGCUAAUUGAUGGUCAUGCUCCUAAAUGUGGUCAAGUAUUCAGAAACCCUAACCUGGCCCAGACCCUGAAGGAGCUGGGAGAGCAUGGCAAACCAGCUUUUUACCAGGGCAGAGUGGCCCAAGCCAUCGUCAAUAUCGUAAUCCAAAAUGGAGGAGUCAUGACACUGGAUGAUCUCAGCAGCCAUGACAGUGAGGUCGUCACCCCUAUUAGCACAGAAUACAAGGGUGUGCGUCUGUGGGAGCCUCCUCCUAACAGUCAGGGAUUGGCUGCCCUGCUGCUACUCAACAUCCUGGACAACUUCCCUCUCAAAGCUGCAGGCCACAACAGCUCUGACUACAUCCAUGUACUGGUGGAGGCUGUGCGCUUGGCACAAACAGAUGCUGUGCGUUACCUGGGCGACCCUGACCAUGUGACCAUCCCUUUGGAAACGUUGCUGGACAAGAGCUACAGCCACCAGCGAGCACAGCGCAUACGCAUGGACAGGUGUGUGGUCAUGGAAGAGGUGGAGCCCGGCUUGAUGACAGGAAGUGACACAGUCUAUUUUUGUGUGAUCGACAGCCAGGGCAACGCUUGUUCAUUUGUCAACAGCACAUACAUGGGCUUUGGCAGUGGGCUGGUCCCUAAGGAUUGUGGAUUCUCACUACAGAACCGGGGUGCCAGCUUUUCUCUGCAUCGUGGCCAUGUCAACUGUGUCGCUGGAGGGAAGCGGCCGUUUCACACUAUAAUCCCUGCACUUCUCACUGACUCUGCAACCACAUCAGAAAAACCAGUCCUCCUUGCUGCGCUGGGGGUGAUGGGCGCUUUGAUGCAACCGCAAGGACACGUCCAAGUGUUGCUAAAUAUGUUGGCGUUUGGGAUGAAUCCUCAACAGGCUCUAGACGCACCAAGAGUCUAUGUACAAUAUGACCACACAACUGAGCAGUGGUCUGUUAAUCUGGAGGAGGGCGUCAGCCAGGAGGUAGCUGAGGAGCUGAGAAGAAGGGGCCACAAAGUCAACUGGCCAAUCACAGUUCUCUCCUCUCCUCACUGCAGUUGUGUGUGUUUUUGGGUGAGCGAUGUGUUGUUCCGUGGGUUUCGCCCGGUCUCUGGGCCUGGCCCUGCUGCCUCUGGCCCUCUGCUGUAUCGUGGCCAACCUGCUGCUUCUGUUUCCCAUGGGAGAAAUCACCUACAUCCAGCAGGACCGCCUGGCCAGCUACAUCUGGUACUUUGGUGGACUAGGAGGAGGGGGAGCACUGAUGCUGUUUCCUGCUGUGGUAUUUAUCACUCUGGGGAAAUGUAACUGCUGCUGGAAUGAGAGCUUAAUGAUGUGCGGUUCAGUGUUGGCAGCUGUUGUCGGUCUGGUGGGAUCUGGCUACUGUUUCGUCAUGUCAGGGUUCGCCUUGGUGCAGGGUCCACAGUGCUUCACCUCGCUUGGAUGGUCGUACCCUUUUGCAGACCAGAGCGGCAGGUAUCUCUUACAACCAGAGACGUGGUCACGGUGCCUUCAGCCGGUUCACAUCGUAGAGUGGAACGUGACUCUGCUGUUCGUGUUGAUGGGCCUGGCUGUGCUGGAGUUCAUCAUCUGUCUCUGUCAGCUGGGAAACGGUCUAGUCAACGC